AUGAAUUGUAUUAUAGUAUCUCCAUGUAUUGAAUGUAUUGGAUGUGUUGGACAUCGUGGAUAUCCCGAAAAAAAUCCAGAGAAUACAAUAUUAUCUCUUCAAAGUGCUUUACUUUUAGGUGUUGAUGGACUUGAAUCAGAUGUUCGUUUAACAAAAGAUGGAGAAAUAAUCAUGAUGCAUGAUCUAGAUUUAGAUAGAACCACUAAUGGAACUGGAUUAAAUGUUACUUUGGCUCGAACAAUAUUCUUUGAUAAUGUAGAAAGUUAUAGUUUUGAUUACACUGUUAUACUUCAAGAUAAUACCGGAUUCACUAAACAAAUAAAAACAAAAGGUAGAAAAUUAUUUGUUUGGAUAGUUGACGAAGAGAAAGAUAUCGAAAUUUCAAUGUUAUUUGGAGCCGAUGCUAUAUUAUCAAAUGAUCCAACGAAAUGUAUUAAGAGAUUUUGUGAAUCCGAAAAUAUGGAUGUAGAUUACGACUGUUUUCGCGAUCAUUCAAAUGCAUUAAUUAAUUUAGCAUCAUCGCAAAAUGAAGGUGGUUCUAUUCUUGAUAAAUACAAGCCUUUAAAAAAAUUUGGAACACGCGAGUCAACACAUAUUGUUAAAGAUGGUCGAAUAGAAAAAAAAAAAGAACGUUAUCGGUUAUAUGGAGUAGCUGGACAAAGUUUGCAUCAGACUGUUUCAGAGACGUUAUUCAAACUAAGAAUUCAGGGAGGAAAUGAUAUUAAAACAUCGCCACAUUGGAGUAGUAUACCAGGUGUAAAUACUUCGGAUCGACUAAGGUUAGCGUCGACGUUACCAGUAUCAAAAUUCGAGUUUAAUUAUAAACCAAAUCUUGAAAGAUCUGAAAGGUAUGGAAUAUCAAUUGAGAAAAAUGCUCAAGAAGGAAAAGGAAGAAAUGAAAACGCGAUGGAUAUUGAUGACGAAUAUAAUGAAUGGAUUGAAUGGAUUAAAUGGUUUAAAUGGUUUACGGUCAAAAGGUACGGACCAAAAGAAGAAAUUUCGGUUUGUUUCUUGAGAUCUUGUAUAACACUCCUUGAUAGAAUUGAACAAGAACGAGAAAGUGAAAUCACGAGGGUGAAACUUCUCUUGAACCCGGAUGGUGAAAAAUUAAAACCAUCCACCGUAAUUAUUGAGAAGUUCAAUAUUGCCAUCAAAGUAUCAGACAUCAUGACAUUAUCUUGCGGAGCCUGGCUUAAUGAUGAGCGAUUUCCACCAAUUUAUAUUGUAAAUACAUUCUUCUAUCCGACAUUGAUGAAUUACAAUGAUGGAGUUGACAGAGUUGCUCGUUGGUUUUUGAAACCUAAAAAGAAGGCUCCCCCACCAAAUUUAUUCGAAAAAAAGUUUAUAUUUAUACCCAUAAACGCAAGUUCACACUGGACUUUGGCCGUAUCGAAUUUUGAAUCAAAAUGUUUUGAAAUGUAUGAUUCACUUGGUUCGGGUUUCAGAACAGGAUUUUUAACCAAGCUAAAGGAAUUUUUUAAACAUAUGGCAAAAAAAACCAAUAAUGAUGAUGAUUUUGAAAUAUGGAAAAUCAACGAACUAAGGAGAAAAACGCCGCAACAAAGGAAUUCAGAUGAUUGUGGAGUAUUCGCCAUGAUAACUUUAGAACAUUUAUCUCGACAGGCACCUCUUUCAUUUAACCAAGAAAUGAUGACAUAUUUUAGGGAACGAAUGAUUAUUGAAAUUAAAAUGGGUAAAUUAUUAGAAUCAGGGGAUGACUCCGAGGAAUAA